CUAGAUCUAUCAUGUCUCAAGACACUCAAGACCAAGAGUUGUAUCACAAAAUUAUUGACAAGUUUGAAAUCAAAUUGAGAAAAGAGAUAAAGUUAGAAGAAAAAGACAAACAUCAACUUAGAGAUCUAAAUUUCCAGUAUGAUGAUAAAAACCCUACAGUAAUAGAAAGUGUUACCUUUCCAGACCAAGAAAAUUUCAAAUCAUUGGCCAAUAUUUUGACAAAAGCUUAUAAAAAAAAUAUCAAUAUAAAAUCUUCAGAAAAUUUAAAUGGUUCCUUUCCAGUUAAAACCACAUUUCAAAACAAUACAAAAGAAAAGAAGCAAGUACUUGGAAGCAAUAGUGAAUCAGGGGAUGAGGACGAUGAAAUUACUGUCUUUAAAAUGAAGCAACUGGAUUUUGAAGCUGCUAAAAUUUACUUUUAUGAAACAGAGUACUCAUCUUUUUUUUACGAUGUUGAAGAUUAUGAAUUUCUGAUUCGAACAGGGGACGUGAAGAGGGAAAAAUUACUUGCAAAACUUAAGGAUUUAAAGAUAGUACCAAUACAGCAAGAAAUUAGUGAUACUAUUUCUGUUUUACUCUCAGAAGAUACAAAAAUCAUCAGACUAAAAGAGAGAAUGGUGUUGGUAGGACCCAAUGCUGAGAUCAAGGCUAUUCAGAGAAAAUUAAAUACAAAAAUAGGAAAUGAAGAGAUGAAUACCCCAUGGCAAGAUGACAAAGACACUGAAGAUUAUUCCUCCACUCAUAGGGCUCCUUCUUAUGGAGGGGCAAGAGCCAAAGAUGUGACAAGAGAAACAACUGAGAAUACUAGACAGAAAAAUCAUCAGUUCCCUAUCAAAGGCACAACUAAUGAAACGAUAUCAGGAAAAAGAUAUAUAUAUUCUUUAAAUGAUACUACUUUAUAUAUUGGUUGCACUGGAUUGAAAAUCUCUGUUCACAAUGCAGACAUCACUAAACUUAAAGUUGACUGUAUUGUAAAUGCUGCAAACAGGCAUUUAAAACAUGGAGGUGGAGUGGCCUAUGUCAUUUCAAAAGCUGCAGGUUAUGACCUUCAAUAUGAAUGUGAGAGGUAUAUAGAAGAAAAUAAGUCUGUUCAAGUCACUGGAGUGUUUGUAUCCACUGGUGGAGACCUGCCAGCUAAACAUGUCAUACAUGCUGUUGGUCCAAAGUGGGAUGAUUAUGUGGAUAAGAACAAGUGCACAGAUGAUCUGAGAAAAACAGUUCUCACUUGUCUUCUGGAGGCCACAAAAAUGAAAAUGUCAACUAUAGCUUUACCAUCUAUAAGUGCAGCCAUAUUUAGAGUCCCCAAAGAUCUAUGCGCUGAGGCCUACAUGCAUGCUGUAAAAAGUUAUGAUGCCAUUAUACAAAAAAAGGACUGGACAGCUUUGAAAGAAAUUCAUUUUGUUGAUAUAAAUGAUACCAUGAUUGAUACUAUUAAUGAAAAUUUCCUUAAACUAUGGCGUGAGGAUAUACUUCAGGAGUUCUAUGAGGAAGAUUUAAACUUUGCAGUUUCUUACAUGAAAAAACAAAGCCAAUCUUUAAACAUUUCAAGAGAUAAACCUUAUAAGCAAAAUUACCAAGAAAAACAGGAUGUGGUUGCUGGUUCCCAUACUAAUACAAUUAGUAGGCCUAAAGAAUACAAAGGCGAAGAAAGAAAAAGUGCUGCAUUUAGUAAUCAUACAGCUUCAAAAAUACUAGCACAUUCACUUUUUGUUCGACAUAUAAAACUUGGUGCAAGCCCUAAACUUGCAUUUGAAUUUAAACCUAAUUUGGUCAUCAUAAUUGGAGAUCCAUUUGAUAAACUUAGUGGACACAGUGAAUUCAAGACAGCUGACCUGCAUGUAAUUGACAUGGGUAAAAGAAUAAACAAUGUUAAAACCUUUACGUCAACAAUGAGGGAUCAAGAUCCAAUUUAUGUAUUCCAACUAGCUAUUGAUGAAUUCAACCAGGAACAAUUGGAGAAAUCUUUUAAAAAUCUAGAACCAGCUGUUGGUUUGAUGAAAGAUCCAUUGACAUCAUUAGUUGUUACAAGCAAGUUUCUGUAUACAGAUAACAAAAACAGCAAAAAAUCGGCCCUUUCUAAAAGUGUUGGAAAAUUUGCUCAACUUGUCUAUGAAUUUGUAAGAGAUAAGACAGAUAAAAUGUAUUCCUUAAAGUAUGUCACUGUCACUGCAAGUGAAGAUAUUCUUCCUCAUAUUGUCAAAGUAUUUCAAUCAAGAGAAAAAGAUAGAACAGCACCAGGAGCUUACCCACACAAUCAAAGCACAUCAAGGCCAGCCAGCAGUGGAAAACAACGUGACAAUAAGCAACAGCCAUGGAAAUGA